CCAGCCGAGCUUUGAAUGUGUGACGCGGUCUGUGUAUGCAAAGCUUGCAACUUCGCUAUAAAAUCCCAACACCCCGAUGGGUUCACUUUUGUUUUCGUUCGAGUGUCUGUCUAUCUAGAUAAGGCAGGGAGCACCUUCGGAGCUCUAAGGAAAAAGUAUAUUUUGUGGUUCAGCUCUUUGUGCUACAGUACCAAAAGAAGUGAACACGAGAUGAAGGUAGUAGUUUUAGUGCUGGCGUCACUGAUCGCCAUAUGCCUAGCCGAACCAAAGCCAGCCAUCAACGAAAUCAGAUCGAACCAGCAGCAGAAACCUGGCCGAUUCCUAUCACUGCCGGUGCCAGAGAAAUGCGCGUCACGUCCAAAGGAGUUUAAUUAUCGCGGACACAAUUACUUCUACAGUGGUCAUGUUCCCGCCCUUGCUGAUAAGCGCGUCGACUGGUUGGACGGACGCAAUAUUUGCCGCGAGUACUGCAUGGACCUGGUUUCGCUCGAGACUCAGGAGGAAAACAAUCUGAUUUUCCGUUUGAUCCAGCAAAACGAUGUCCCAUACAUCUGGACGGCUGGCCGUCUCUGUGACUUCAAGGGCUGCGAAAACCGAGCAGAUCUGGAACCAAAGAACAUUUUUGGAUGGUUCUGGUCUAACAACCGCGAGAAGAUCCAAAGCACCAACAAGAUCCCCAACGGCUGGGGCUACAAUCCAUGGAGCAAGUCCGGGCACAAGAAAAUCCCACAGCCAGACAAUGCCGAAUUCGACAUCAACCAGACCACCGAAUCCUGUCUGUCCGUUCUCAACAACGUGUAUAACGAUGGUAUCGGUUGGCACGAUGUUGCUUGCUACCACGAGAAACCAAUUGUCUGCGAGGAUUCCGAGGAACUGCUGAACUACGUGGCUGCCACAAAUCCUGGAAUUCGUCUGUAAUUUUUUAGUGUAGUAAAAAAACAACUUUUAGUAUAAGAACCACUCCUCGAGAAAGAAGUAAAAUAACAUUAAUCUACAUUGCCAAACUUUCUUCUCACCCUAAUCGCUGGAUACUAUCCCUGUUUAGACCACACUGUUCUGUGCGAUAGUUUUUCCACCGCCACGAAAUGAAAGCACAAGGAACUUUCAACGUGAUGAACUUAACACGCGAGAGAUAAAAAAAACCGUCACAAGUAAAGCGACGACGUGGAGAACAAAACUGCAAGCAAAACACACUGCGAAAUGUUAUCUAAAUGUAUAUUUAUUUUAUAAAUAGUAUUUUUUUAUAUUUUCCCCUGUAACUUCCAUGAGACUUAGGAUACUGCAAACAAAUGAUGUGAAGAAAAAGAAUAAACGUGCGAAAUUGUUACAGUAUGAA